AUGGUCCAACUUCGAGGCUUCAUGCCCACUUGGGUCUCGAAAGCGAUGGGACAUGCUCUUGUGGACCAAGGGGGGAAGAUCUGUACCAUAGGACCUGGGGGUGGAGAGAUUGUCUACAAGCACGAUGGCACAGACAAGGACAUUGACAAACUCCUCCUCCACCGAAGUAUUGAAGGUUCGGGGCCAAGGCUCUCGCGCGGAAUUCCCAAACGCCUCAGGGAUCUGAUGUAUGAAGGCCUAAUAUCUGAGAAAGUGGAAUGGUUGGGAACGGACAUGAUUGCUUGGAUCGAGAGUAAAUUAGGCUCCAAGAAAGGCGAUAGUUUUGGAGAGAUGAAGCUGAUGGAGAGGAAGCUCGCGGAGAUUUUACAGGCUGGCGAGAUCCCUCGGAUGCUUGUAGGCCCAAGACCUGUUGUGAGGCGCGCAAGAAUCGUCUGA